CUGACAGUUGGUAUUUUUGAGAAAAUUCUCAUUAUUUGUGAACUUAAACGGUCGGUUUUUGUUUUUAGGACGGAGUUAGAGCGUAAGUAGGGGUUACGUUAUAUAAAAAGCCAGAAAUUGGAUUAACGUAGGCUGGCUAAGCUAACAGGUUAGCUGUCAAUGAACUAGCCAUACAGCCAGCUCGCGCCAACUUAAUCCUCCGUCUGCACGCGUAGUGCUAUUUUCUACACACACACACACACACACACACACACACACACACACACACACACACACACACAGCUCAUUCAGGACAGUUUGUAUUAAAGCGAUGCGCGUAUGAUUUCAGUCGCUAUUUGUAUUUAAUGUGACAGAAUAUAUAUAUUGUAGGUAGAUUUAGUUUGCUAGGCUCGAUGGAUAACUGUCAGCAACCACGCUAUGAAUAUUCCGGUCAGGCCAGAGAGAACAAGCCACAUCGGAAAAAGGGAGUCGGACAUUCCUCUUAUAGCACCUGGGGAAACGAAGAGGGAGAGAAGAAGCCAAAGUUUCUGGACCGGUUUGCAAGCAUACGGAUUCCAGGCAGUAAAAAGGAACGACCGCAUCUUUCCCACCUGACCAAGCAAUCGUCCACCAAUGACUGGUCCAUGUCUUCAGAGUUUGAGGAGCUAUCCUCCAGGAUAACCUCAGAGAAGGAAAUUCUUGCCCUAUUUGAAAAAAUGAUGGAGGACAUGAACUUGAACGAGGACAAAAGAGCUCCACUCAGAGAGAAGGACUUAAGCACAAAGAGAGAGAUGGUGCUUCAAUAUAUUGUUACAGCAGCUAAAACUGGCAGUCUGAAGAGAAGUAGUCAUCAGAUAUCUCCUCAGGAGUUUCUCAGUGAACUAAAAAGUGGAGCCACUGAUGAGAGAUUGUUUGCCUGCUUGGACUCCCUCAAAGUCUCUCUUACCAGCAAUCCAGUCAGCUGGGUGCAGAGUUUCGGCCAUGAAGGACUCGGUCUUUUGCUGGAUAUACUGGAAAGGCUCCUGCGCAAAAAACACCAGGAGAAGGUUGAUAAGAAGAGUCAGCACAAAGUCAUCCAGUGCCUGAAGGCUUUCAUGAACAACAAGUAUGGACUGGAGCGGAUUCUUGGUGAAGAGAAGAGCUUGGCUUUGCUGGCCCGAGCAAUGGACCCUCAGCAGCCUGCCAUGAUGACCGACGUUGUCAAGCUGCUCUCUGCCAUCUGCAUAGUAGGAGAGGAGAACACUUUGGAGAAGGUUCUUGAAGCCAUCACCGGCGCUGGGGAGCAGUUGGAAACCAGUCGCUUCAGUCUUAUAGUUCAGGGUCUUACUGAUCGUUCUGUCCAGCUUCAGGUGGCUUGUAUGCAGCUCAUCAACGCUCUCGUUACGUCUCCUGAUGAGUUAGACUUCAGGCUGCACAUCAGAAAUGAGUUCAUGCGCUGCGGCCUGCGGGAGAUAUUGCCGAGUCUGGCCACUAUCAGGAAUGAGGCUCUGGACAUCCAGCUGAAAGUGUUUGAGGAGCACAGGGAGGAGGACAUGAUUGAAUUCUCUCAUCGAUUGGAGGACAUCAAGAGUGAAUUUGAUGAUGUAGGAGAUGUGUUUAACGUAGUGUACAGCCUGGUAAAGGACACAGCAGCCGAGGUGCAUUUCCUCUCCAUCCUGCAGCACCUGAUGCUUAUCAGGAACGACUACUUUGUCAGGCCUCAGUAUUUUAAGAUCAUUGAAGAAUGCGUAUCUCAGAUUGUGCUACACCGGAGCGGGACAGAUCCAGAUUUCUCAUAUCGCAAGCGUUUGGAUGUGGACUUCACCCACCUUCUAGAGGUUUGUGUGGAUAAAGCACGAGCAGACGAGUUUGAACACAAGGCCUUGGAGUUAGCUCAGAAGUUUGAUGAAGAGAUCAUGAGCAGACAGGAGGCCUUGGCCCAGGUUCUGAAGAAGGAGGAGAAAAUCAAUGAACUUGAGGCAGAGCUACAGGCUUUCAGAUCUCAGUUUGGGGCAGCACCAGCGGGAAUCCCUACAGUACAGUCUGCUCCUGCCUUGUCAUCAUCCUCUUCAUCCGGUAUCCCAGUCCCCCCUCCUCCACCCCCUUUACCUGGGGUUCCACCUCCUCCCCCACCCAUGCCUGGCUGUGCCACCAUUACUGGAGUGCCUCCGCCGUUUUGUGUCCCUCCUCCCCCUCCUCCAGGUCCGGGAGGUCUGAUGUUCUCUCCCGUCCCACCUGCGCUGCCGUUUGGCCUACGGCCCAAGAAGGAGUUCAAGCCUGAGACCAACAUGAAGCGUCUCAACUGGUCCAAGAUCAAUCCCCAGAAGAUGUCAGAGAGCUGUUUCUGGAUUGUAGUCAACGAGGGCCGCUAUGAGGACGAUGAUCUUCUCGGGCGUCUGGCUGUCACCUUCGGAUCCCACAGAGCUGCCCGGCGAGAGGACGAGGAGCUGGAGGAAAAGAAAUCUAUUAAAAAAAGAAUCAAAGAGCUGAAAGUGCUGGACCCAAAGAUCGCCCAGAAUCUGUCCAUCUUCUUGGGUUCUUUUCGGUUGCCUUAUGAGGAGAUCAGGAGGAUGAUUGUGGAGGUAGAUGAGGAGCAGCUCACAGAACCCAUGAUCCAGAAUCUGGUGAAGCAUCUUCCUGAGCAAGAACAGCUAAAUGCACUGGCAAAGUACAAGAAUGAGUAUUCCAGUCUGUCUGAACCAGAACAGUUUGGGGUGGUGAUGAGCAGUGUAAAGCGUUUGAGACCCAGGCUGAACUCCAUCCUGUUCAGGCUGCAGUUUGAGGAGCAGGUUAGCCACCUGAGGCCCGACAUGCUGGCGGUGAGCGCGGCAUGUGAGGAAGUGAGGAAGAGCAAAGCCUUCACCAAGCUGCUCGAGCUCGUACUGCUCAUGGGGAACUACAUGAACGCUGGCUCACGCAACGCCCAGUCGUACGGUUUUGACCUCAGCUCCCUCUGCAAGUUAAAGGACACUAAGUCAGCUGAUCAGAAGUCCACUCUUCUGCACUUCCUUGCUGAGGUCUGUGAGGAGAAGUACUCGGACGUUCUCAAAUUCAUUGAUGAGUUGCAACUCGUGGACAGAGCUAGUCGAGUCUCAGCGGAGAACCUGGAGAGGAGUCUGAAGCAGAUGGAGAAGCAGCUGCUGCAGCUGGAGAAAGAUCUGGACACCUUCAGCUCAUCUGACAACCAGCAAGACAUGUUCCAGAGCAAGAUGGCCAGCUUUUCCAUCCAGGCAAGAGAUCAGUACCAUAAACUGGUCACCAUGCACAGCAACAUGUGCACUCUGUUCCAGAACAUGGUGGAGUUCUUUGCCGUCGACCCCAAGAAGACGUCUGUAGAAGAGCUUUUCACAGACCUGAGCAACUUCAGAGCCAUGUUUGAGCAAGCUGUUAAGGAGAACGUGAGGAGGCGCGAGGCCGAGGAGAAACAGAGGAGGGCGAGGGCAGCCAAAGAGAAAGCUGAACGAGAGAAACAGGAACGACAGCAGAGGAAGAAGAAAUUGCUGGAGGUCAAUGCAGAAAAGGAUGAGACUGGAGUGAUGGACAGUCUGCUGGAGGCGCUGCAGUCCGGAGCAGCUUUCAGAGACCGGAGGAAGCGAGCACCUAGACCUAGAGACGAGCCGACUCAAACGGUCAACCACAGACCAGUCCUGAAAGACUGCAACCAUGAAAACACAAAGGUACCUCUGCAAAGGUCACGGUCUCGGCAGAAUAUCAAUUUCAGCUCGGCUCGAGCCCCUACUGCCAAGGAGCCUCAUUAUGAGAGCGAGGCCCAUCCAUCUACAGCACGGAGAUCAACUCACCGCCCAGAAAGGGAGAGAGAACUGGAGAAGGAGAAGGACCGGAUGAGGACUCGAGAGAGCGAGAAGGAGCAGACUCCUCCUCCCAGCAGUUCAGUGAACGGAGACACGGAUGUGGAGGCUCUCCUGGCCCGGCUCCGCGCCCUGUAGUGACCUCCUCCUUCUGAAGAACUUAGACCUCUGCACUCCGUAUACGUCCACCGUGGCUGCAGUCAGAUAAACCCAAUUAAGUCUGCAGCUCUUUUUGUACUAACGAAUGCUGUCGAAUGCGAGCACACAAACAGAAGAAAAGGUCUUAACAAUUAAACUUUGCUUCAGAUGGCGCUGCCCUUUUCCUAGCACCAGCACCCAGGUUUUUUUUUUAGAAAGAGUGCUGCCAUUGUUUCAGCACUGACCAAAAGCAUGAGGUCAGUUCAGAAUAGUGUUGUUUAAGCAGGGACAAUUUAACAGCUACGCUUCUCGAGGCUAAUUAAAGCAGGAAAAUAUUUCUGGUGGGGUUUUUAUUAAAAGCAAAAAGCGGUAUUGCCCAGUGUCAGUGGUUCAGAGAGCUGUUAAUCAGAAAACAUUACACUGGUCUUUAUGGCUUCAGCACCUUGUCUUAAAUGCAUGUGUGCACUUUGGAAACGUAUUGAAUGUCUUCAACAAUAGUUAUCGCGUUUUAUUUUUCAGAAUAGUUUUAAAAGCUCAGCUCCACAAGUACUUAACUAAAGGAAAUAGGCCAUGUCUGUUUUAAUACUAGUUUUUGUAAAGAAGCAAUCAUUUUCAUGAAUUAAAAAAAUAAUUGUACGACACAAAUAACUGGUUAGUAAAAACACUAGUUAUCUGAAAAAGGUCUGACACUAACUGUAUACUUAUGGUACGUCAUCCAGACGCAAUACCAGCUUCUUGAUUUAGCUAAAAUUCUGCAGCACUGUGUAUCUGUAUAACCAAAAAAAUAUAAAUGUAUCAUGUUUUAUGAAACAUACGUCUAAACUUAAGUAUCUUUAUAUGUGUUUAAUAAGAGUGCUAUGCAAAUUAAUGUUUUUGUUUUGUUAACCAUAUUAGAUUAGUCCAAGUGACAAAGUAUAAACCAUUCAUUCAUCUUAAUCUUUAUUUCUUUGGGUUUUGUCUUCUGUUUUGUUUGGUCACUGAAUUAAUACUGAAUCUGUUUUACAUGCACUCCUGUUUCCUGUCAGAAUCUCUUCUGUUUUGGAUGUUAUUUUAAUUCUAAAUCUUUAAGGCCGUGUUGGUAUCACUAAAUGACAAUUCUUCAUAUUCACAGUUUUUCAGCGUUCGCAUUUAUAUGCAUCUAUAGCUAAAAAUGUAACUUUAUAUAAAAUUUGUAGCAUUUACAAUAAAGAAGA